AUGGGCAUCGGCAUUCUCAGCAUCUUUGUAGUCUUCAGUCUGGAGUUUGUCAUUGGAAACGUGGUGGAUGGAUUCAUAGCCCUGGUGAACUGCGUGGACCUGGUCAAGAGAAGGAAGAUCUCCAAAGUUGAUCAAAUGCUGAUUGCUCUGGCCAUCUCCAGAAUUUGUCUGCUCUGGUCGGUGGUGGUAAAUAUUUUGUUCUCUUUUGCUUAUGCUGGUAGAUUGAGCAUACAGUUAUUAAGAAUAAGUAACAUGUUCUGGGUUGUGGCCAAUCACUUUAACCUCUGGUUGUCUACAAACCUCGGCCUGUUCUACUUUCUCAAGAUAGCCCAUUUUUCCAGCUCCAUUUUUCUUUACCUGAAGUGGAGAGUCAGGAAAGUGGUUUCAAUGACAUUGUUGAUGUCUCUGGUCCCCUUGUGUUCCCAUGUUUUUGCAAUAAACACACUCUUAAGUGUCUGGACUGGUGCAUGUACAAGGAACAUGUCAUACUUCUACUGUGCAAUGAACUCCACAUGGUUUUCCAGACAUCUUCUGCUCAUCAACUCUGUGUUUGGCUUGAUGCCCUUGGCCUUCUCCUUGGCCGUGUUCUUCCUGCUGAUCUUGUCCCUGUGGAAGCACCAGAUGCAGAUGCAGCGGGCGGUGUGGAGAGCAAGGGACGCCAGCACCACGGCGCACGUGAAGGCCCUGCAGACCGGCGUGGCCUUCCUCCUGCUGUACAUCGCCUUCAUGCUGUCUCUGGUCAUGCAGCUUUGGUUCUUUGACUUUGUGGACAAGCAUCUUCUCGUUUUCCUGUGUUUGGUGACUGGGAUUACCUUUCCCUUGGGCCACUCUGUCGUCCUGGUUCUGGGGAACAGCAAGUUGCGCAGGGCCUCUGGCAUCAUGUUGUGGGUGCUGGGGCGCAGGUGCAGGGGUGUGGAGUCCCCACGUCCCUGA